UGAUUUCUUUUGUACGCGCGGAAUCCUGCAUCAUCAGCUUCUGGUUGGAAGAAAUGUGAUGUGUCGGUCUUCAGUAAAAAAACUAAGAUAAACAAAGAAUAUGUUAUUUGUAAUUAUAUUAUUCAGUUUGACAGAAUAAUAUGUGGGUAAUAACAACAUUCUUGAAUCGGAUAACUGCAUAUUUUUAAGUUGUGGACAACUGCCGCUGCUUUCAAGAUUCACUAUUAGAAAAGAAUUUCUGAACUAUGUCUAAAAGAAAGGAUCACACUCCUAGUGCUAGACCACAAAAAAGGACCAGAACUGAAGUAGCUGAGGACACAGAUGAAGAGAGUAAUGACAAUAUCAGUCAAUUUAUGUCUGAAGCAUCUCAGAAUUCACCCUUGAGUUCAGGUGAAGUUGGCAUCAUUGAAAGCAUUUCCUUGAAAAACUUCAUGUGUCAUUCUUUGCUGGGUCCAUUCAAAUUUGGGUCAAAUGUUAACUUUGUUGUUGGAAACAAUGGAAGUGGUAAGAGUGCUGUAUUGACUGCACUAAUAGUUGGACUUGGUGGAAAAGCACUUGCCACUAACAGAGGGUCUUCUCUGAAAGGAUUUGUGAAGGAGGGUCAAAGCUCUGCAGAUGUCUCAAUAACUUUGCGUAACAGAGGACCAGAUGCAUUUAAGCCAGAUGUGUACGGAGAGGCCAUUAUUGUGGACCAAAGAAUUUCCAGUGAUGGAGUAAGAUCGUACAAAUUAAAGAGCAAAAUAGGUCAUGUGGUGUCUAUGAAAAAGGAGGAACUUAUUUCAAUACUGGACCAUUUCAACAUUCAGGUGGAUAAUCCAGUGUCCAUAUUAACCCAAGAAAUGAGCAAACAUUUUCUACAGUCAAAAGGGGAAGGUGACAAAUACAAAUUUUUCAUGAAAGCCACUCAGCUGGAACAAAUGAAGGAAGAUUAUACCUAUAUUAUGGAAACAAAGACAGUUACACUUCAGAAGGUUGACAAACAUGACGAGAGUUUAGAAGACCUGAAACGUCAGUGUUCUGAGAAAGAGGACCGGUACAAUAGCCUGGCAUCUCUAGAUGAGAUGCAGAACAAACUAGAAGAAUUGAAGCAUCAAAUGGCCUGGGCAGUGGUCUCUGAGAUUGAAAAGCAGGUGCAGCCUAUUAGGGAUAGAAUUAAAGCUGAAGAAAACAGCACGGUUAAGUUUGACCAGAAAGUGGAGGAGUGGAAGGAAAAAGUUGUUGAUGCAGAAAAAAGGUAUAAAGAGAUCUAUGAUCAGUUGGAGGGUAUAACUGAAAAGGUACAGACUCUGCGACCCCAGUGUUCUGCUUUGAAGGAAGAUGCACAGGCAAAGAACAGAGCCAGUAAAGAGGCUGAGGUUUAUUAUCAUCGCUGCAGGACUAAUCUAAAACUUUUGGAGAAAGACAAUGAGCAGCUAACAAAACGCAUUGAGGAACUCAGACACAGUAUAAAUCAGUCUUCUGAAGCAGACAGAAUGGAGAGAUUUGAAAGGAUUAAAAGCCUUCAAGAAGGGCUAAAGGAAUUAAAAGACCAGGAUGCUACUGUAAGUCAGCAGAUGGACCAGUUCCAGCAGGCCAUCACUAAAUACAAGGAAGAACUCUACAAGCUCAGACGUGAAGAGCAAGAUGUUCGUAACACAACUGAAUCCAGAAAAAGGCAGCUGUCUUCCCUGAAGGCCAGCAGAACAGACAGAGUAAAACGAUUUGGAGAACACAUGCCUGCCAUUCUUUCAGAUAUUAAUGAAGCAUACAGACAAGGGCGUUUUGUGAAGAAACCUGUUGGCCCUCUAGGAUACUGUAUACGGCUUAAGGACCCUGAACUUGCUUUGGCUGUUGAGAGCUGCUUGAAAGGGAAUAUGCAGGCCUUCUGUUGUGAUAAUUACAAGGAUGAGAAAACCCUGCAAAGUGUGAUCUCUCGUUAUUACACACAUGGCAAAAGACCCCAGAUUAUCGUCAGUGAGUUUACUCAUGAAUUGUACAAUAUAAGAGACAGAGCUGUCAAUCAUCCUGAAUUCCCCUCUGUACUUCAAGCCUUGGAAAUAGACGAUCCAGUGGUAGCAAACUGUCUGAUUGACAUGAGAGGCAUUGAGACAAUUCUGCUAAUUAAAGAUAACAGUGUGGCUCGUCGAGUAAUGCAGUGUGGGAAUCCUCCUCGAAAUUGUCGUGAAGCCUUUACACGAGACGGUGACCAAGUGUAUAGCAAUCGCUAUUACUCUGCUGACUAUAGACGAGCACAAUAUUUAAGUGGAGAUGUAGAAGCAGAAAUCAGUCAUCUAGAGGAUGAAAUUGAAAAUCGGAUGGCGCAGGUUAAAAUGGUUCAGGACCAGUUACGUGCUUUAGAGGAUGACAUAAAACAGAAUGAAGCACUUCUUCGGAGAAAACAUGACAAUAGAAAACAGGCACAGGACAAAAUGAGAAAGAUUGAAUUAGAAAUAGGUGAUCUACAAAAUAUAGAGGAGCCCCAGUCUGUGGACAUCUCCACACUUGAAGAGGAGUCUCAAGAUAUAUGCAUAAAGAUAGAUGCUGCAAAGCAGGAUGCUGAAAAUGCUAGAAAAAAAAUGGAUGAACAUAGAAAAGUCUUUGAAGAGGCUGAACACAAAUAUAAAGAGUUCAAGGAGCAAAUUAAUUUAAUAACAGAAGAAGCAGAUCCAUUAAAGGAAGAACUGAGUAAAACUGACUGUGAAGUUGAAAAGAGCAAGCACCACAAAAGACACUAUGAAGAGAAACGCAAGUCACAUCUAGACGGUAUAAAAAGACUGAAGGCAGACCUUGAAGCUAAAGAAAAUGAAUUUCAGGCAUCUUUUAAGCAAGCCAAAGAGAUCUGCCAAGAGCGGUUAGAGGUGCGAAGGAGCGCCAAGAGUUUGGACACUGAGAUGAAUCGCUUGAGGGAUAAAAUUAAUACAGAACAGGACCAGCAAGGAAACAGAGAAGAAAUUGUAAGGCAGUACCACGAGGCAGUACAAAAAUACAAGGAAAUUGCUUUGCAGGUGAAGAACUUGAAGAAGUUUAUUGUUCUACUUGGCAAGAUCAUGCAGGACAGGCACAAAGCAUAUGUGAAGUUGAGAACGUACCUUUCUGUACGUUGCAAGUAUUACUUUGACUCCUUGCUGUUACAGCGUGGCUACUCAGGGAAAAUGACGUUUGAUCACAAAAAUGAGACACUUGCAAUUGCGGUUCAACCUGGAGAGGGAGACAAGGCUGCCUUAAAUGAUAUGAGAUCAUUAUCUGGAGGGGAACGUUCCUUCUCCACUAUCUGUUUCAUCCUGUCUCUGUGGGCCAUUGCUGAGGCUCCGUUCCGCUGCCUAGAUGAAUUUGAUGUCUAUAUGGACAUGGUCAACCGAAGAAUUUCUAUGGACAUGAUGCUAAAAGUUGCAGAUAGCCAGCGCUACCGUCAAUUCAUUUUUCUCACCCCACAAAGCAUGAGCUCAUUGCCAGUCAGCAGCCUAAUUCGAAUUCUACGAAUGCAUGACCCAGAACGUGGACAGACCGUGUUGCCAUUUCAGACAAGAAACCAAGAAGAGGACGAAGAUCAGUAAAGAUUACCUGCAUUGGGCAUCUGUUAGUGCUAGCUCUGUUUUAUUGUAUGUGUUUCAGCACAUGAUACAGGAGAUAUUUACAAUUUGCUAGCACUGUUUACACCUUUUUAUGUGUUAUAAUAAAUGUAUUAAAUGUUCUAUUUUUUGA